GGUGAGCAUGAUCCCCCCUGCAGAGUGUACCUACGCGGGCAGGAAGAGGAGGAAGCCUGUUCAAAAGCGGAGGCCUGCCAUGGGUGCAGAGAAGUCCAACCCUUCAAAACGGCACCGAGACCGGCUCAACACCGAGCUGGAGCACCUGGCCAGCCUGCUGCCCUUCCCACCUGACGUCAUCUCGAAGCUGGACAAACUGUCUGUCCUGCGCCUCAGUGUCAGCUACCUCAGGGUGAAGAGCUUCUUCCAAGCCUUGCGGGAGACGCGUGUGUGGCCAGCGGACACCCUCCCCUCCGGAGAAGGCCCUAUCAGAGCGUGUCCUGUGCAGGAGGGGCGGCUGCUGUUAGAGUCUCUCAAUGGCUUUGCGCUGGUGGUAAGUGCAGAAGGGAUGAUCUUCUACGCUUCGGCAACAAUCAUGGACUAUCUGGGCUUCCACCAGACAGAUGUAAUGCAUCAGAACAUUUAUGACUAUAUCCACGUGGAUGACCGCCAGGACUUCUGCCAGCAGCUGCACUGGGCCAUGGACCCCCUGCAGGCCACGCGCACGCAGCCACCACUCCCCGAGACAGAUGACAUCAUGCCGGGAAAGCUGCUCAGAGCCCAGGAAGACGGCGCGGGCGUGCCCCCGGAGUACGCUGCCUUCCUGACACGGUGCUUUGUCUGUCGCGUGCGCUGCUUGCUGGACAGCACCUCUGGCUUUCUGACAAUGCAGUUCCAAGGGAAGCUGAAGUUCCUGUUUGGACAGAAGAAGAAGGCACCGUCAGGUGCGGCGCUGCCCGCUCGGCUGUCACUCUUCUGCACCGUGAUGCCGGUCAUUUUACCUCCCGUGGCAGAGAUGAGACGGGGCAGCACAUUCCUGAGGGUGAAGCACAGGUCAGACACGGACCCAAGAUCAAAGGCUAUCACAAAUCUGUGUGAAUCAGAACGUCACCGGAAACCCGGCUUCUUCGCAGGAAGGAGCAACGCAGAAAACAACAUGACCGAGUUCAGAGCACACUUGGACAGUGGCUGCUGGGCCCAGGUUCUGGGCAGGGUCCCAUGCCUGUGCUUCAGAGGCAACUCCGACUUCCUCCUGAGCCCCAAGCGGAGGGCAGGGAAUGAGGAAGAAGGUCAGGAGAGGGUGCCACGUGCGUCUGCAAAAGUGACAAGGCAGAGGGAGAGGCAGGGAUACAGUCGUCACUCAGACACAGCUGCGCCCGCCAGGCAUCCGAGCUGGGUGACGGAAGAGCCUGUCCGGGAGGACAGCAGCCGGCCGAGGCCAGAGCCGGGGAAGAAGGACCUGCACUCCACGCAUGCUGUGCUCCACAGCUCCUGCGUGUCCGGCCCGGGCAGCCAGGGCGUGUCCAGUGCCGCUGGCCUGACUACUACCUUCAGCGAUUCACUGGGCAGCCCCCUCAGUGCCUACGGGAGCCAGAUGAACAGGCCCCUGAGGGAUGUCCCCCAGGCCCAGGUGUACCCGUCCACCCGUCAUGUCCCCCAGCGCUGCCUGGGGACGCGACUUCCCCGAUCUGGGGUACAGUGCUUCAUGGCUGGAGGCUUCUCCACGGAGGGCACCGGCCUGCCCGGCCUGCCAAUGACUCCUCUGCUGCUGGAGGUGCCAAUCAAGACGGAAGGUGAUGCUGGGUGGCAGGGUGCGGCGGGGGGCUGCCCUCCCAGCAGGGGGUGGCUGGGAGCCAGUGGGGCCAGGAGACGUCUGAAAACAGAGCCAGACGGCCUGCCCCAGGCCUGCACCCAGCCCCCUGGGCAUCCCCACAGGAGGACCCCAGCUGGACCCUGCAGGGAACUAGCCCCACCCUACCCUGCACCCCGUGCCUGCCAGGAGCAGCCGACCCACCACCACCUCUGCAUGCCGGGCCGCAGAGAGGGCCAGAGCCCUCCUCUGGGCUGCGGCUGCAGAGCGCCUGGGGCUGGCCCUGUGGUCAAGUGUGAGCCCUUAGACUCACUCUCAUGGCCGUCUCUCGGCCGGGGGGCUGUACCCGAGGUGCUCCCCAAAGUGCCUCUGGGACACUGGCCCCUCUGA